UUCUGCUGUAGCCCGGAACCCAAAAACGAACAACUUAAAAGCAAAAGUGCUAUACCAGUGAACCACGGGCGCAAAAAUGAAUUCUACAAUAAUUCUGCCUUAAAUUGGUGCCGUGAAUGCGAGUUUAUUUUAGUAUUGUUUCAUCUGCAUUAAGUAUAAGAACGGAUGGAUUUUAUGUAACCAUUAUAUAAAAACGCUGUUCAAGUUCGUUUACUAUAUAUUUCAAUUAUAUAGUCAGGUUUUAAAUGAUGAAAUCCGCCAUGAAGUUAAUUUUAGGCUUCGCGUUCUUCUCUACUGUGUUUCUGAGUAGUAUUAAUCCUCAAGCACAGUCAUGUUACACUGCCAAUGGACAAAUUGGAGUAUGCCAACCCCUCCACUAUUGUUCAACAUUGAUUCGUCUUCAUCAACAUAACAGAACACAACACACAAUAGACAUUUGGAUUGCAUCUCAACGGAGCUGUGGAAAUCGCAUGUACAAUGGUUACCCUGUUCUCUGUUGUACAGAUGGUGUUUCUUACGAUCAAAGUCCUGGUACUGAACCGCCUAUUUUGACUACGACAACAACAACCUCAACUAGUACACCAAAACCUCAGAUACAAGCUCCAACAAUGAAGGCUCCCACGCGGCCAGUAGAUUGUGUUGGCCCUGAUCGCAGUUUGCGAAACUGUCCAUCCCUUCUUAAACAACUCAUAAUACGUCAAAAGGAUCCACAAUACAUCAGUUUCAUUCAACAAUCGAAGGUCAUCUGCAACUACAUUCAGCCAAAUGUGUGUUGUCCUCUAGAACCACCAGUAACUAGUGCACCACACGUUCCACCUCCGAAGAUGGCAUCUUCACUGGCUUCGGUUACCAAUGGACCGCCGAUGCCGAAGAAUAAUAAUCUUAUUACACUUCCAACACCUGCUGAGGGAUGCGGAUCCAGAGAAGUCCAACACCAUCGAGUUGCUGGUAGCGGGCCUGCUACAUUAAAUAGCUGGCCCUGGAUGGCCCUGAUUGGGUAUAAAAACACAUCUGGAGAGAUGUCUUUCAAAUGUGGAGGAUCGGUUAUUACUAGACGACAUGUAUUGACUGCCGCACAUUGCAUUCAUAAAAAUCUGUGAGUCAUUGAUGAGCCUAUAUCAACAAUUUCUCCUUGGACUCCUUGGCUGAAUUGAAAAUUUAAAUGUUCAGUUUCUUAGUUCGCAUCGGUGAGCAUGACACAUCAACGGAUGCAGAAACGAACCACACUGAGAUUCCGGUAGUGAAGGUGAGUUCGAAUGGUAUUUUAUCUUUGCAUUAAUAACAGCAUUAAACAGGUUAAUAUUUGGUUAUUUAACAUUUAGAUGGAAACAUAUCCAUAAUACGACAAGAAAGAUAGGCAUUCGAAUUUGGCGAUUCUCUAUCUUGGUGAAGAUAUAUUAUUCAAUGGUUUACUUACUGAUUCGUUUAGUUAAAUUUAUAGUUAUUGCCAUUUUUUUUAUUAUCAGAUAUCGUUCGUCCAAUUUGUCUUCCAAUUGGUGAUCCAGUAAAAAGUCUUAAUUUUGAUGGAUUUACGUCGUUUUCAGCUGGCUGGGGACGAACACAAAAAGGUGGCAAAUCCGCAGAUGUUUUACAAGAGGUCCAAAUCCCGAUUAUUUCUAACACAGAAUGUCGAGGAUUGUACAGCAAAAUUGGAAAAACGUUUUCUGAGAAACAGUUCGAUAA